CCCCAGCGUAGCCCCUGCCCUCUCUUCUAAACUUUCGGCUGCUAGACUGGGAGCCCCAGCGGACACAGGAGCCAUACUGCGUCUCUGUCCCUGGGGUGGGGCCCGCGAAGUCCAAAAAAAACUUAGGGGAAUCUGUCGAAAAGACAAGGGAGGAUACUUUUGGGACCAGACGCCUCCCCUUUCCCCCUCCCACUGUGCGGGGGAAACCUUCCCAUCCUCCUCCAGUACCCAGAGCCUCCUGAUGGAUUGGGGAGAUCGAGCUCCUGAGCCCUGGCGCACCUGUGCGAGGACGGAGGAGGGGGCUCAGCUCUGUCUCUUAUGGAGUAAAGGGGAAUUGUGGAAGGAAUAUGGUAGAUUAGUACGGUGGUUUCAAGUGCUAGGCCAUGGUGGUGUCAGGUUGCCCUGUGAGGGGGAGCAAACAGAAGGGUGAGGGGUAGAGGGCCGAUUUCUGAGCAUUGCUUCUGUAACAGUUCCAUGCAAACUAGAGCCAAUGGGGAAGAUAGGGUCCACAUCACUUCCUGGGGCCCCAGAUACUCCUCUGUCCUUUGCCGACCCCCUACUCGCCACCAACCCCCCGCCCCGCCCCUCUUGCCGCGUGCUACUAGGGGAAGUGGCUACUCCUAUCGCUGAGUUUGAACAGCCCAUCCCAGUAUCCUUCCACAGGAAACCUGCCAGAGGGACGGAACAGGCAGGAAGCAGGUGGGUGUGGAGCCAGGAAGGGUGGCACAGGACAUCUGAAAGGGAGCUAAGGGGGACUCAGGGCUGCAAAGCAAUGUAACUGUCAUGGUCCAAAUCGUGGAGCCUUGCUGGCAUAGUGGUUAAGCGUUAGGCUACUAACCAAAAAGUUGGAAGUUUGAAUCCACCAGCUGCUCCUUGGAAACCCUUUGGGGCAGUUCUACUCUGUCUUGUAGGGUCUCUAUGAUUCGGAAUCAACUCGAUGGCAAAGGAUUUGGUUUGGUUUUUGGUUGGUCCAAAGUCCGGCCCAGACCCAAAGCCAGGGAUUUGGCGAUGACUCUCCUUGUGCCUGCCGUUAGGAUCCAUCCCAGCUCUCAGAGGCAACCUCCUCCGAAAGCUCUCCUUUGUUUUCUUAUGUGGCUCUUGGGCAAGUUAAUUAACCUCAGUUUGUUUUUUUUAAGCUGUAAAUGGGAAUACAGAAAGUACCUCAUAUGAUUGUUGUGAAGUCAUAAUAUAUAAAAUGCUAGAAUAGUCCCUGGUACAGAGUAAACAUUACAGAAAAAUUUGCUCUGGUUAUUUUAUACCAGGAUACUAUGUACAUCUGCCGAGAGCUCCUGCCGAGAGCUCCCCAUUCUGUCUGGUUGCAUGUUUCCCCCUGAUAGAUGGUGAGCUCCUUGAGAUCAGGGCCUGCCUGUCUCUUCUGUACCUCAGUGGUCGACUCCUCCACUCCCUGCAGAUACUGUGGGUGUAUCAGGGCUUGCCCAGAGAGCUGAAGAGAUGUGGUUAGAAUUACCCAAUGAAAUUAUUAUAGAUCGAAGAUAGAAGCACAAGAUUUUCCUCUGCCCUUGAAUUUAUAGACUAGACAAGGAGCUUAGAGAGACACACUGAAAAGAGGGGAACAUUAGGUGCUAAAUCUUGGGGGAACCAAUUGAACUUACUACUGAAGUUCAGGAAAAGGGGGAGGGUCUGGGCCAGAAAGGCUGAGGAGGGCUUCCUGGUAAGGUGGUCCUUUAAGGCCUAUGUAGGGAGCAGUGAGGAAGUAGGCUCACUGGGGUAGUGAAUGCAAGAUGAGGAAUGGUGAGAGUUAAAGCUGGGGAGGGAGGGACCAGCCAGCUCGAAAACUCACCAGAAAGGCAAUAUGCCCUCUCCUUCAACUGUGGGCGUCUUUCUCCUCCAUCUGAAUCUUGGGAGACCCCAAAGAUUGAGCUUCAGAAACUCUGGAGUAGAAAGGCCUGGUCUCAACACCUGGCUCUUCCACUGACAAGCUGCAUGACCUUGUGUGUAUGUUCACUGAACCUCGGUUUGGCCAUCUGUAAAAUAGGGACAGUAUCACCUAACUCACCUGGUUGUUGGGAGGACUGAAUGAGAUAAUAAUGCCUGUAAAGCACUGAGCACUGCCUGGCACAUUGCAAUGGCCCCAUAAAAUGGAGGUGUUCUUACUGUCAUUGCACAGACUCUACCAACAAUGUCAAUACUGAACUCAGGCUGUUCCCACAAAGGGGAGAGCCCCACCCUCAGGGAGCCAGACCCACCAGCCAACUCAGACAGUGACUCAGGCCACCUGCCAGAGGAGGACCCAGGAGAUACUUCUGCUCAGGGUCCUGCAGUUCUGAGCUUGGGGCCCCCUCACCUGGACACCAGCCCGGCCCCCAGCGGGCCUGGGCUUUGCACCCUCCUGCAACAGCUCCCUCCACAGGACAGCGAUGAGCGCUACUGCCUGGCCCUUGAGGAGGAGGAGCUGGCAGAGCUGAGGCUCUUCUGUGCCCAGCGGAGGCGGGAGGCCCUGGGACAGGGGGUGGCCCGCCUGCUGCCUCCCAAGCUGGAAGGACACACCUGUGAGAAGUGCAGGGAGCGGCUGAGGCCCGGAGAGUACGGGGUGUUCGCAGCCCGGGCCGGGGAGCAGCGCUGCUGGCACCGGCCCUGCUUUGCCUGCCAGGCCUGUGGGCAGGCCCUGAUAAACCUCAUCUACUUCUACCACAAUGAGCGUCUCUACUGUGGCCGUCAUCAUGCCGAGCUGCUGAAGCCGCGCUGCCCUGCUUGCGACCAGCUGAUCUUUUCCCAGCGUUGUACCGAGGCGGAGGGGCGGCGCUGGCACGAGAACCACUUCUGCUGCCAGGACUGCGCCGGGCCCCUGGGCGGGGGUCGUUAUGCCCUGCCAGGGGGCGGCCCCUGUUGCCCCAGCUGCUUCAAGAGCCGCUACUCUGAUGCGGCCUCGAGCCUGGCCCUGGCACUUGAAGGAAGGGAGCCCCUCGGGGGGGCGGAGCCCGGUUGGAUUGAAGGAGGGGACCGCGCCCGGCUGAACGCCGUGACCAACUCCAGAGCAGCCCUCCUCGCCGCUGCCGUCAGCUCCAGCCCGGAAACCCAGAGGGGGCGGUGUGGAUCCAGCCCCCCAAAAGAGUGUCGAGCUAGGAACAUGGCAGAGGCACCCAAAGGGUGGGCGCAAAGGCGCCUGGAGACGCCCUCUGAUCCCAAGGAGGAUGCCCUCUGCCCCACCUGCUCCUCUUCCUCUGACUCCGAACCCGACGGCUUUUUCUUAGGCCAGCGCCUUCCGCGGCCAGGGGAGACCCCUGGCAGCCUCCACGCCGGAAGCAGCGACCCCUCCGGAAAGCCGUGCAUCAUCUGCUAG